AUGGCGAUGGAAAAUGCAGCAGAUUGUCAAAUCACGAGUGGAGAGCCACUUUUAGCCACCAAGAGUAGCAGCAGCAACGGUGGCUUCAGGGCCCUGCCUUUCAUCAUAGUAACUGAUGCAUUGGAGAAAAUGGUGAGCUAUGGGCUUCCGGUCAACAUGAUCAUGUACUUGACUACAGAGUACGGGAUGAAGAACAGCGAUGGUGCCCACCUGAUCUUCAUCUGGGUUGCUACCACCAAUUUCACGCCCGUCGUUGCAGCAGUUCUGGCCGAUUCUUAUGUCGGCCGAUACUGGAUGAUUGCUUUCGGCUCCCUCGCCCAUGCUCUGGGUACCUUUCUGCUAUGGCUGACUGCAACCAUCCCACAAGCUAGGCCUCAACCAUGUGUUGACACCACCUGCAAACAGGCCACACUGCCACAACUUUCCCUCUUAUGCACCUCCUUAGCCCUCAUCUCCAUCGGUUCUGGAAGCAUGAGAUCAUCCAGCUUGGCCUUCUGUGCUGACCAAAUCAUCCCCAGGAACAAAGAUGGCACCACAAAUGACGAUUCAGGAGCCUUGUUGAAGAGUCUAGUCAGCUGGUACUUCAUCUCCUCAACAGUUGCCAUACUAAUAGCAGUAACAGUCAUUGUCUACAUCCAAGAAGCUGCAGGUUGGAGAGUUGGCUUUGGGGUUCCAUUGAUUCUCAUCGUGUCGUCGGGCCUCAUCUUCGUAUCGGGUUCCUCGUUGUAUCUCGAGCAGAAGACCAAACCGAGCCUGCUCGCUGAACUCGCUCAAGUAGUGGUUGCAGCUGCUGGUUCCAGAAAAAGAUGGAUCAAGUUGCCUUCUGAAGUUCAUACCUACCAUUCCAAUCCCAAUUCCCCUGCAACUCCCCUGCAUCCAAGUGACAAAUUGAUGUUCUUGAACAAAGCCUGCAUCAUUGACUCCCCUGAACAAGAGCUGAACCCUGAUGGAACUGCCACAAAUCCAUGGACCCUCUGCACAGUAGAGCAAGUGGAGGAUCUGAAAUCCGUAAUCCGAGUGAUUCCCAUAUGGUUUGCAGGAGUAAUUAUGUCACUACCAACAACCCAACUCCCAUUCCACUUGCUCCAACUCAACACCAUGGAUCGACACAUCUUCAAUCCAACAGGAUUCCAAAUCCCAGCCGGCUCCUUCUGCCUAACCAUCGUGCUAACGCAACUGAUAUGGGUUCCUCUCUACAACAAAAUCAUCACCCCCAUAACCUCCAAGCUCAUAGGCAAACCCUUCCACCUCUCCAUGAAGCAGAGGUUAGGACUGGGAAUCCUGAUUUCCUCUGCAGCAAUUUCAGCACUGGCCAUCGUGGAGAUGAUUCGCCGCGAAAGGGCCAUCGACGAGGGGCUAACCGAUGAUCCAACAGGUAUAGUGGACAUGUCCGCGAUGUGGUUCGUGGUUUACUACGUCCCAUUUGGGAUUGCAGAGGCGUUUAACUACCUUGCACAGAGUGAGUUCUACUACAGUGAGCUGCCUGAGAGCAUGGCUAGCAUAUCUACGACGUUGUACCAAAUGGGGCUGUCGAUGGCGAGCUUGGUGGCCAGUUUUGUGCUGAGCGGUGUGGAGAUUCUGACGAAAGGAGGGAGAGAGGGGGAGAGCUGGAUUGCUGGGAAUAUCAACAAGGGGCAUUACGAUUACUACUACUGGCUGAUUGCUGGUUUGAUUGUUCUUGAUUUUGUGUAUUAUCUUGGUUGUGCUAAGGCUUAUGGGCCUUGUAAAGCUGAGCUCGGCCAGGGUUUGGAUGCAGGGGAACAACCCAUUGAUCACAAAGGAAACUAG